AUGGCUGAAGUGAAACCGCUGCCGCAGGCACCGCUGAGGAAUCAAGAUAGAACAGAUGAAUCAAUGAGUACAGAAUCAAAUAAAGAAACAAAGGGUACUGUGACGAAAAAUGAUGAUGAUGAUGAUGAUGAGUUUGAAUUUUUUCAUGAAUUUAAAAGGGACAAGGUAAGAUCGCCUAUUCAUCAAAUUACAAAUGAAUUGAAGAUUAGGGGCAUUGAUACGGAGUACUUGUUUUUACCAUUUAGGCCAGAACAAACAAACGAAAAACUUCUAUCUUUUUUAAACGCAUUAUUUCCCCUUGGUAAUGGUCAACCAGUUGCAGAUGACAAGAUUCCCAAGAUUCUAAGCAAAACUGAUGUAUGGACUUUGCUGCAGGCUUUGAAAUAUAUCUGGUGUAGGUUACCUAAAGGUGAAAUUAUAGGUUGGCCAGCGUAUAUUGAAUUUAAGAAUAAAGAGGCUGAACAGAACUACUCGCAGAAGUCAUUUUUAGAGAUAAUGCCAAAAUGUUUAGACUCGCCAAAUCAUGCAUCAAUUGUAUAUGACUUUUUUGAUCUAAUUGUUACAUUGGCAUCGAACUCGAAAAAGAAUAAGAUGAGUGCGAGAAAGAUAUCCAAGAUGUGCGCUAUAUGGGCCUUUCAAACCAGCCACUACGUAAAGGCAUCCACAUCAGAUGCAUCAAGAAAGGCAGACGUAAAUGGAUAUAAAGAAGGAUUGAAAGAUUGGGUUCCAGCAUCUGAAGCUAUGUUCCAUUUGUUGCUCGCAUUUAUUCGGUCGUUUGUUCCAACGGACUCCAGUAAAGUCAAGCUUCCUAAGAGCUUGAGAAAUAUCUUAUUUGACAACGCAUAUCCGCCCAAAACAGCAGAUACUUUCAAUCAUGACACCGUUCUUACUGUGCCUUUAGUGACGUUAACGACAACGAAGUUUUCCAGGAAACCAUGGCAAUUGAUUGAAAGGUGUAAUGAGUUAAUGAGCUUUGACGAACCAGAAAAUUUUGUGACAAGGGAAGACUACGCUUUGCUCAAAUCUCUGUUCAAGAAAAAGGACAACACCGGAGGUAUAAGCAGUAAGAUGUCAAAGGAAUCCAAACGACUAAUGAAGUGUAUGUCAACAAAACAUUCUACAUUUCAAGCAGGAUGGGGUAAACGGAAGAACCUAAGCGUACCUAAUUCCAAGGUAAUAAAGGAUUCACUCUCUAUCAGUCGUGUAGACAUUGAUGAUUAUUUUAUUUGGGCUUGGCUCUCGACUUUGUCAUAUGAGCAAACCACACAAAAACGCCGUUUGUUCGGGAGAUCCUUAAUUUUGGAAUUUGAAUUUGACGGAUUUAAAAAAUGGCUUAUAUUAGAGGAAAGCGAUGCGAUGCUGGUAAAUAAAACAUAUGAGACAGAUACUAUGGCUGAUAGUUCUAAUAGUGUGGGUUCUGAUGAAAUGAAAAAUAAGUUCCUGGAACAGGUUGAAAAGGCCAAGGUGGACGGCGAGAAUCCUAACUCCGUCACAGAAAAUGUCAAAAAUGAUGCGGCUGUAAAUGCCAAGAAACCUGUCCAUCAACUACAAGAACCUGUUCCAGUAGUCGAAGUUAAAUCAAAACCAUUACCGAUACCGCAAAAUAUAGUUAGCCAAGAUCAUAAGGCAACGAAAGCAUCACAAUAUACAGUAGCUGCUCCAAAGAGCCACUCCGAAAUUAUGUCCAAUAUGGUACUCGACUCUUCUCAACCUUCGGAACCUUCUAAAGAGGAUAGAUCCUCAGCCGUUGCAACAAACCAAAUGCAUAUGCAAGCUAGAGAAAACCGUGCAGUCGCUCCACAAGAAAUUCCCCAAGGGAGAAGCUCCCCGGUACGACAAAGAACAACACCUCCGCCGCAUAUUUACCAAAAUCCUGAGCCCAUGCCUCCAAAGCCCCGUACACCCGUGCAGUCUCAGAGUGUACAGCCGGAGAAUGUACCAACAGAGAAUGAUGCGAAUGAGAAGCCCGUUCCGAUAUUCACUAGUCCUUACAGUAAAUCGAAUACAGAAAAACUAGCGUCUAACCCCAGUUUUGGUACGUAUCGGCCACAAUAUCGGGAUUUAUCACCUACCCCCACUCCGUUGUCAAUGAGUCAAAACCCAAGCUUGGCUGAAUCGGUAGUUAGACAAUCUUCCUCAACGUACGAUGAAAACAGUAUCAGAGAGUUGCCGGUAGAAACGUACGGAAAACCAACUCGCAGGAAUCCAAGUGAAAGUCAUGCAAUAAAUCAGGCACCAUCUUCCAAUGCCAAGGAAACUGAAAUUGGAUCAAAACCUGCCAAGGAUAAUGUCUCGUCUGCUGAACCCCCUGGUGAUAAAGAUAUGGCAGAUUUAACUAGCAUGGUUGAUGAUAUGACUUUGGAGAUGAUAAUCGCUGAUCCUGGUGAUGCUGUGAAGGACUUGGAUGCUAGUGUACGUACAACGGAGGAGAAGUUUGAAACUCUAACGAUGUUCGAUAAAUAUAAAAUGCAAGCGGAAGAAGGCAAACCUUUAAGCGAAAGGUUGAACACCAGUGAAGUCAGUGUUGUUACACCUUUGGACCUACCUAGUAAUACUGCAUUGCCACCUAAACGCGUUCAAGUUGGCGAUGAGAUUGCGAAGUCCGCCAUUGGCCGGAAUGCGAUCUCUGAGAAGAAUCUGCCUUCUGUUCCGAAGCCAGUUCCUGUUGAUGUUGCUAGAAAUGAUCAAGUUAAGUCGCCCGAUGUCUAUCCGGUAGAAUCUAGAUCGCAUUACUUAGAUCCGAAUUCGAAUAUUAAUGACAGGGGCUCACAGUCUGCAUCUCCGAAUAGGGUUCAAAAUAGUCCUAAUCAGCAAUAUGUUUAUGGUAGUCCAAAUGGUAGUGCAGAACCCGUCGUCGAAACUAGAGGCAGAGUAAUGGAACAUACACAAGCUCAAGCCAAUUUCGCACCUACUUAUACAAACCAAAGAAGUCCAAUCCCUCCUCAAGAACAAGCACGGAGGGUGUCGCCUAGGAUUUAUCAGGAAAACAUUCCUAGUGUAUCUCCCACCAGGCAGCAGGCUAGUCGCUCGCCUGACAGAUACGGCUACGACUAUCCAAGUGAAGGCUAUGCUUAUAGCGAACCUAACUACGGAGUACCGGUUCCUGAAGCACAGUCUUAUAGAGAACAAAGAGCACCAAAUCCAUCUCAAAAUGUGAACUACGGUUCGCCUUAUGCAACACAGCGUGAACAGUCUGAAAGGCCUAAUGAUGGCAGACAAAGAUUAGAUCCGCGGGCGCAUAACCAAAGGCACUUAUCACCGGAGGGUCAAAGAUAUAAUCAACAUCCACCUACUGGGCAUGUGGCCAGUCAUUCUCCACAACCGAUGGGUUAUCCAGGCCAACCGGUUUCAAACAGAACGUUCAUGUCACCGACACCAAAUCAAAAUAUGCCACCUCAGAGUGGUCACCCUUAUCAAGGACAUCCCUCAAACCGUGGGGCUUUAAGCUACGAUCCAAGGAGAGCUCAGGCGGGUGCUGUACCUCAAUCGAUACCUCAAGGGGCGCCUUAUCAUGGGCCUCAUCAUGUGCCACCCAACUCUAUGCCACAGGGUGUGCCACAGGGUGUGCCACAAGGCAUGGGUGGAGCCCCAUAUGGUCCUCAGAGAUAUAGGAAUCAAUCUCCAACCCCACAUCAGCAGAUCUACACAUCACCUCCGCCUAUGCAACAGGCACAAUUCCGCUCACCUGGAAACAGAGGCAGACAAGUACAACAUCAAUCGCCGGUUGCACCCCAACAUGCAUUUGCUCCAGACGCACCUGUAAAGAAUAAGCUGCAUAGCGGUAAUAUUGCUAAGAAUACUAAUAGAAAGAAACUAUAUGCGGAUAUUCGUAACGGAAAUUUUGGUAUUUAG